AUGAAAAUAAUAUCCAAGUCUAUAUUACUAUCAUGUCUCGUAUUUUUGAUCGUAAUUACGAAAUCAAAUGCUGCAACGCCGACUAUAGCCGCCGGAACCAUUAACACAAGUCCAACAACCUCUUUAGUUUCUUUCAUUUUUAAAUCUCAAAUAUCUUCGUCAACGAAUCCUACCACAAUUCCUACAUCACGAACAACUAAUUCUCCAACUCCCACAUCCCCUGCUGCAAGUAAUUCUCCAAUUCCCACAUCCACUGUUAACAAUAAUAAUAGCAACGGAAAUCCUCAACAACCGUCUCCUACUCCACGAGAAACGACAACAUUCAAGACUGUUGUAUCCACUGUCGUCGAAGGAUCGCAAACUAAUUUAAUCACAACGGUAACUCCGAUCGUUAUGACACAAAUGCCGGGCACAAGUAAAUCAGCCACUUCUACUCAGAAUAAUGCAGGCGUUUUGUUUUCAAAUGCUGAGAGAAGUGAUGACUAUAGGAUUUUGAGGAAUGUUGUGGUUGGAUUGGUGACGAGUGUUGGAAUGGGUUUUUGGAGCAUUUUACAGUUUGCUAAUUAA